UGCAGCUAAUGGUGUUUUCUGGCUUGGGCCCUAUGCAUCUAUAUAUUCAUUUCUCCUCCGGAACUCAUUUCUCCCUUAAAAUCACUACAUUCCCUAGUGAAAAAAGAUGGCUUAUUUAUCAGUUAUCCUUUGCAUAAUAUCCACUGUUUUGGUGAUCUCAUCAGCUAUAGACAUAUCAAUAGUUUCAUACAACCAAGAAAAUCCGUCAAAAGAGCCGACCGAGCGGACCGAUGCGGAUGUUAUGACUUUGUAUGAGUCAUGGCUAGUGAAGCAUGGUAAGAACUACAACGCUCUUGGCGAAAAAGAGCGUCGUUUUGGAGUUUUUAAAGAUAAUCUCCGGUACAUAGAUGAUCAUAAUACUCAAAACCGGAGUUUUAAGCUCGGGUUAAACCGAUUUGCUGAUUUGACCAACGAAGAAUACCGGUCCAUGUACUUGGGUACUCGGAUGGAUAACAGACGACGGUCGGUUCGGUCGAGCAAUCGGUAUGCUUUUAGAGAAGGUGAUAGCCUCCCCGAGAGUGUUGAUUGGCGAGAAAAAGGUGCUGUGGUUCCUGUUAAAGAUCAGGGAAGCUGUGGAAGUUGUUGGGCAUUUUCAACAAUAGCGGCUGUUGAAGGGGUAAACCAAAUAGUGACAGGAGACCUGAUCUCGCUAUCCGAGCAAGAGUUGGUAGACUGUGACACAUCCUACAACGAUGGAUGCAACGGCGGUCUCAUGGACUAUGCUUUCGAGUUUAUCAUAAAAAAUGGUGGCAUUGACACUGAUGAUGAUUACCCCUACAAGGCUCGUGAUGGCAUUUGUGAUACAUACAGGAAAAAUGCUAAGGUUGUAUCUAUUGAUGACUACGAGGAUGCUCCUGUUAAUGAUGAGAAGGCAUUGCAGAAAGCUGUGGCUAAUCAACCAAUAAGUGUUGCUAUUGAAGGGGGUGGUCGAGAUUUUCAACUUUAUAGCUCGGGUAUAUUCACUGGUAAAUGUGGAAUGGCAUUGGACCAUGGUGUUACAGCUGUUGGUUAUGGGACAGAAGAUGGAGUAGAUUAUUGGAUCGUAAGGAAUUCAUGGGGUUCUGGGUGGGGAGAGGAAGGCUACAUUAGAAUGGAGCGGAACACCAAAUACACUGGUUUGUGUGGUAUAGCGAUGGAACCCUCUUAUCCAAUCAAGGAAGGCCUAAACCCACCCAACCCAGGCCCAUCCCCUCCUACACCGAUCAAGCCUCCAAGCGUGUGUGAUAGCUACUUUUCUUGUCCUCAAGGCAACACCUGUUGUUGCAUCUAUGAAUAUGGAAAUUACUGCUUUACGUGGGGUUGUUGUCCUCUUGAGGCGGCCUCAUGUUGCGAAGAUCACUACAGUUGUUGCCCCCAUGAUUACCCUAUUUGUCAUGUCAAUCAGGGUACCUGCUCAAUGAGCAAAAACAACCCACUAGUAGUGCCGGCCUUGAAGCGCACACUUGCAAAACCUCGAUGGGUAUUCAGUAAUUCCGGGAAGAGAAGUUCUUAAACUUCACCUUUUGAACUCCAUCAAGUGCCAAAAUUUUAUUUCAAUUUAAUAUACUACUAUAAACAAUGUGUAACUUGUGUACAAGUAUUCAACUGGAGUAACAUUAAGACAAAUGUCUGUAAAAACCCUACGUUUUUAAUAGCCUAUUAAUGUAAAUACAUAAUGGUGAAAAUGACUAUAUAUUACUUGUAUGCUA